AUGGCAUUCGACUUCGGCUCCGGCAUGCCGCUGCCGCCAUUCAAGCAUGAAGACCCAUACUUCGCGACAGGCAACCCAAGCUUCGUCCGAGGCCCACUCUUUCGCAGCUUCGCGCGUGGCGCCGACUUCGAACUGCUAGAGUACCUGCGCACUCGCAACAUCUCGCCAGCCUUCCUCAUCGAGAUCGACAAGUUCCUCGAGUCACACCCAGAGAUCGCCAAGUACUGUCAGGAGUGGACACAGAACAUCAACUCCUUCCGCCCUCUGGACGCGUAUCGCUUCUUUAUCAAGGAGUACACGAGGCCUGCGCGCUAUGUCGAGGGGGUGCUUCCGGAGCUGAGCGACAUCCCGCUGAACUUCAGCUCGACCCUUCUCGUGAGCAAGUAUGACGAUGAGCUUAUCGCAUUCUUCGAGGGGACGGAGUACCGCAGCGACAUUCUCGCAAACAUCGAUCAUGAAGUCAAGCAGCUUCAGUACCGGGUUUACUACCAAGAGCGCGUGACCCACGACCAGCGCAAGCUCGUCACGCUGGCUCUGUACGGCAACCCUGUCGAUGCGUUCAAAUUCUACGAGUACAACUAUCAGACGGACUGGCUGCCGCAUCGCUAUCUACCAGAGCACACCAUCCUUGCGAUGAUCCCGAAGGCGCCAGACUACGAAAACGGCCCUGUUCCUCGUCAGAUCGCCUCCGCAUCCGAGCCAGCGGCGGAGGACAUGCGCAGCCACCUCGGCACCCGCGCGCGAAUGGCUCGUGCCAACGACGCGGGUGUCGACGUGAUCGAGGUGCUGCUCAGCGACUUCGUGGCCGCCCUCUGCCGUCAAGGCUUCCGCCGCGUCGACAUCGAGCAUCUGCGCAAGAAGGCGGUCACCACUAUCGAUCACGAGCGUCAGGUAGGGCGUGGGGUGGACAUCGUGGAUCUCAUAAUGGAUCAAGCGAAGGGCGCUCAGCCGCCAACGUACAUGCCGAACUCUCGCAAGAGUGUGGCUCGUACGAAACGCGUGCAGCGCAUCCGCUUCCUCAAGGACAGUCUGCGCCGCCUCCGCGCCCAAGAGGCUGCUUACCAGUACGACGCCGAGUUCAUCCGCGCAGGUGUCACCGCCGUUCGCGAGAGAGCAGAGCGGCACCUCGUCAUGGAGAUUGUGGUGCUUGCGAAGGCGGCCGGGACGAUGAGCGGUGCGGAAGCGAACAUGAUGCUCAACAUGGUCGGGAAGAAGAAGAGACGUGAGAUGACUAUAAGAGGCGACUGGUUCGAUGUGCUUGAGCUGGUGGCGCCGUACUUGUGA